CGGAAAUGCACUUGUACAAGAAGAUGGAUGAUUUUGUCACAGACACAUUAGAUUUAAUAUAAUGCAUGACAUUUGACGUGAAACAGCCAGUUUAAUUUAAGCUUAUAAAACGUCAAUUUUUUUCCUUGUCAUUAUAAGCAUAUACGGCAUCCUUCCUUCCUCACCGGUAUGUGACCCACACAUGUCUCCGGGUGGUGGCGAUGGUAGGAAAGGAGGCGGGACUGUAUGGUGGUAAGAAGGAAGAUAAGGAUACGAUCUUAUAAUCAAACAGUGGCGGAAGGAAAGCUAUGGCAGUUUUGGGUUUUUCAUCCCCUUUACUUGUUUCUGGCUUUCCUGGUAGGCAGUGAUGCAAAGAGGCGCGGUGGAAUGACGUGUGCUCGUGUGGAUAUAUAGCGGCGUGCGAUGCAACUUGCUCAGUCAGUCUCGAGACACGCUACGGAGAAUAACGUGGAGGAGAGAUUAUUUUUACACCUCGCGCACACUUCUUGCACCGCUCCUUCAGUCUCGCUCAUAAACAUGUUCGACAAAAUCACAACACUGGCAGUGGUAAUGGUGGUGGUGAUGGUGAUUGCUCUGAACAUUGACAUUGUUGCAACUAGUCCAGUAAAGCCUCCACACAGCCUUGCCUCAGUCCAAGCCUCUACCCUUCUUGGUAACGUCGGGCAGCAGCACAGACAGCCCAGGAGCGUUACCAACCUGGUAGAUCCCAGCUGCAAGGGUCGCUACGACAGGGACGCCUGGAACGAGCUGUGCCACGUAUGCGAGGACUGCGACAACCUGCGCAGGGAAUUCGAAUUCCAGGCCAAGUGCAGGGAUGGUUGCUUUGCCUCCGAAGUUUUCGUCGACUGCCUCUAUGAUUUGGGCAAGGAUGUGGAUCUCUACCUGGAGAUGGCCUCGUCUCUGCGCGGCUAGUGAAGCUAUCGAGCGAGGUUGCCAUGAACACCACAAUAUUAGAUGACUAAAGGAAUGUUACACAAGUCCUCUCAUUUCUAUAUCUCUGCCAUGGUAUCCCAUCUCUGAUAGAAGGUGAGUGGUAAUUGAGCUGCUUCUUGAGAUGAGAAUGUCAGGAAAUGUUGGUGUUGAAAGUAUGAAAGUGAAUUGUGAAGUUAUAACCAGGAAGGAAGGAAUUGGGGAGGCAAUUGGAAAAUUCUAGGAAGAAGUGGCUGGUGUAGGUGAGGUGUUUGGUGUGAGAGAAGGAUACAUGACACUGGAGAAGAACAAUACAGAUGAACUGAAUAAGACAAACAGUAGGGAGGAGCUGAAGAAAUGUCAAAAGACAAAAGAAUGGGAAGGCGGCAGGGUCAGAUAGGAUACUGUAUGAGGUUUAAAAAUGGUGGCGAGGUUGUGAUUGAUAAAAUGACUGAAGUAUUUAACCAGGGAGGAGCUGGAGAAAUGUGUCAAAAGACAAAAGAAUGGGAAGGCGGCAGGGUCAGAUAGGAUACUGUAUGAUGUUUAAAAAUGGUGGCGAGGUUGUGAUUGACAAAAUGACUGAAGUAUUUAUUUAACCAGGUACAAAAGGAGAGAUUGCCAAGAUUGUGGAACGAAUUUAGGGUGACAUACAUGCAGGAGGAUACAAGUAGAAUGGUGUGCGUAGGUAUAGUGGAAGGACAGCUAAUGAGAGAUGAGUGAAAGGAUGAGUGAGGCUGUGAAGAAGUUUCCAUAAAAAAUGUGUGCAAGAAAGGCUGUAUAGAAGGAAACUAGUAAAAGUAGGUAUAGUGGAAGGGUAGCUAGUGAAAGUUGAUCAGAUUUAAUUAAACCAAGACCAAGGCAUACUUUGAAAUCAAUCGUAACUUUUCCCUCAGUCCUGGUUUUGAGUGGAAUUGAACCCAGCUUCUUCCAAGAUUUCUGUGUUGUAGUUCAGAAAAACUUGUUGGGUUUGAGUCUGGUCACUUGUUGUGUCUGGUAAAAGAUGCUGUUGGGGAUAAGUCUCCAUUUGAUGUUGUGCUCCAGUCAAAUAACCAUCCUGUCUGCCCAAUCUAGUGUCUAAUGAAGGCUCGGUCUGACUCUGCUGGAACAUAGAAGUGCCAGCCUGCUGCAGGUUGCUCAAACUGGGACUUGGCUGUCCCACUACCACUGUUUCUUUAGGAUGGGUGCUGAUUGCUGGUAAGGGACGACCAGGCGCACUUUGUUGGGUGAAUGUGUGGGUUGCCAUGUGACGUGUCAGAUAUACUUCUUGCACAUAAACCUUGCUACACACAGGACACUGAUGCACAGCUUGGCUUUGGUGUGGAUGCUGUUGGUGCUGGCGAGUCUGGUGUGCUGUCAGCUGUUGGUGAUUAGCAAAUUCCUGGGAACACACACCACACUUGACUGCAUUUUGUCGCUCAUGACUCUGCAAAGGGUUUGUGAUCCUUUACUCCCUACCUGGUGCUGCCCUAACUGAUGGCUGCUACACUAACAAGACUGAAGGUCUGCAUGCCAAAGAAUAUUUGUCAACUGAAACAUAACGUAACCUGACAUUUCAAUGUGCAUAUGUGUCAGACUCUGUGGUCUUGCUGUGAUGCAAGUAAUGAGCUUCUUUACUGUUUAAGAGUUCUGAGGACUCCAUCCUUUAAGUCAAUAUCAAAUGACUAAAGGAAUGAUGCUAUAGUGAUCAGACUUUCAAGGAUGUUACACAAGUCCUCUCAUUCCUAUAUCUCUGCCAUGGUAUCCCAUCUCUGAUAGAAGGACACUGAUGCACAGCUUGGCUUCGGUGUGGAUGCUGUUGGUGCUGGCGAGUCUGGUGUGCUGUCAGCUGUUGGUGAUUAGCAAAUUCCUGGGAACACACACCACACUUGACUGCAUUUUGUCGCUCAUGACUCUGCAAAGGGUUUGUGAUCGUUUACUCCCUACCUGGUGCUGCCCUAACUGAUGGCUGCUACACUAACAAGACUGAAGAUCUGCAUGCCAAAGAAUAUUUGUCAACUGAGAGUUCUGAGGACUCCAAGUCAUUAAUUAAUUUUUUUUUUAUAUAUAUAAUUUUUCUUGGAAAAAACUGUGUGGUCAUUCUCUGGAGAUUCUUUGAGGUUAUAAUUUUAAAAAAAUUUGGGGGUGGAUGGGGAAGGAUUUGCAUAUGGUUCUUUUAAGUAAACUGAAUUUAAUUUUCCUGGAAGAAAAAUCUGAUCAUUCUCCAGAGACUCUGAGGUGUAUAUAUAUAUAUAUUUUUUUUUUGUUUUUUGUUUUGGUGGAUGGGGGGGGAAGGAAUUUUGUAUGGUUUGAUUUUCAAAUAAAUUCCAUUCUAUUCAAAAUAA